UGUGCCACACAAACACAUGGUUCUUGUUCAGUUUGACGAAACAGUAAGAGGUGUACGUUGUUUUUCUUGUUUUAAACAAAUUAAAACGUACGCAGAUCUAUGUCCAAUGGUUUAAGGAUUAUAGUACUUUUGUCGUCAGACUAACGUUUUUAGAAUAAAAAGAAAAAAUGAAACCAGAUAAACUAAAUAUGUCUAUUAUUUGGUUGCUAUUGAUUACUAUUGCAUCUUUUAUUGACUAUAGCAAUGGGGUUGCGGUUAUGAGCAUUGAUAUGGGUAGUGAGUCAAUGAAAGUUGCUAUUGUUUCACCUGGUGUUCCUAUGGAAAUAGCUUUAAAUAAAGAGUCAAAGAGGAAGACACCAGUUACAAUUGCAUUUAGAAAUGGGGAAAGAAGUUUUGGAGAAGAUGCUCAAGUAGUGGGAAUCAGAUCACCUCAAAACAGUUUUUCUUAUAUUCUAGAUCUUUUAGGGAAAAGUAUAGAUAAUCCUAUGGUAGAGCUUUAUAAGAAAAGAUUUCCAUAUUAUCAUAUUAUAUCUGAUGAUGAACGUAAAACAAUUGCAUUUAGACUGGAUGAAAAUACCACAUAUACUCCAGAAGAAUUGCUUGCACAAAUUUUGCAUAAAGGAAAAGAAUUUGCAGAAAAUUCAGCUGGUCAAAAGAUCAGUGAAGCAGUAAUAACUGUUCCAGGGUUCUUUAAUCAAAUUGAAAGAAGAGCCCUUGUGCAAGCAGCUGAUCUUGCAGGAAUCAAAGUUUUGCAGCUUAUUAAUGAUUAUACUGCAGUUGCGUUAAAUUAUGGAAUUUUCCGUAGUAAAGAGAUAAAUGACACUGCACAUUAUGUAAUGUUCUAUGACAUGGGAGCUAGUAGUACAACUGCAACAAUUGUCAGUUAUCAGAAUGUGAAAACAAAGGAAAAAGGAUUUGUUGAAACUAAUCCUCAUGUUACUAUUUUGGGUGUGGGUUAUGAUCGUAUUUUAGGAGGGCUAGAAGUGCAAAUUAGAUUACAACACCAUUUGGCAAAAGAAUUUGAUGCUCUAAACAAAACAACAAGCUCUGUAUUUAGUAAUUCAAGAGCAAUGGCAAAACUUUUUAAGGAAGCUGGCCGUGUUAAGAAUGUAUUAAGUGCAAAUACUGAUCAUUUUGCUCAAAUUGAAGGAUUAAUAGAGGAACACGACUUUAGAUUGCAAGUUACCAGAGACAAACUAGAAGAACUUUGUGCUGAUUUAUUUGAGCGAGUAGCAAAUCCAAUUAAGAUUGCUUUAAAAACAUCAGGUUUAACAAUGGAUGUUAUGUCUCAAGUUGUAUUAGUGGGGGCUGCGACCAGAAUGCCAAAAAUACAAGAGCAUCUAAGUCAGUAUCUAACAGUUGAAUUGUCUAAAAACAUCAACACAGAUGAGGCAGCUGCAUUAGGUGCAGUAUAUAAAGCUGCAGAUCUUAGUAAAGGGUUUAAAGUAAAGAAAUUUGUUACUAAAGAUGCUGUACUGUUUCCUAUACAUAUUGUCUUUGAUAGAACAGUUGAUAACAGAGUGAAACAAGUAAAAAAAUCAUUAUUUAGCAAAAUGAAUCCUUAUCCACAGAAGAAAAUUAUCACAUUUAAUAAAUACACAGAAAAUUUCCAAUUUCAUAUCAAUUAUGCUGAAUUAGAUUACUUAUCACCUAAUGAAAUAGCUGUUAUUGGUAAUUUCAAUUUGUCUACUAUAACUUUAUCUGGUAUAAAUGAAGCACUAGAUAAACAUGCUAAAGAUGGAGCAGAAAGUAAAGGGAUUAAAGCACAUUUUGCCAUGGAUGAAAGUGGCAUACUUAAUUUGGUGAAUGUAGAAUUAGUAUCAGAAAAAUCAAGUUCAACUCCUGACGAAGAAGAGGGUACUUUUUCAAUACUUGGCUCAACUAUUAGUAAACUUUUUGCAGGGUCAGAAGACAAAGAUGGAAAAACAGAGGAAUCAUUAAAAGAAGAUACAAAGCCAGUUCAUGAAGAACCUGAAUACUCUGAUCUAAAAAAAGAGCCAGAAGAUAAAACAAAAAAGAAAAAUGAGAGUACAGUUGCUGAGGAUAAAACAGUAAAUAAAACUGAGAAAGUAGAAAAAGAGAAAGAAAAAAAGCCCACGAUUAUAACGAUUAAAGAACCUAUCAAAGCAGAUGAAAUCAAGUUAGGAUCACAGAUACUUUCUGGAAACAAACUUGUUGAAUCUCGAGAGAAAUUGCAUCGUUUAGAUGUGUAUGAUUUCGAGAAAACAAAACGUGAAACAGCUUUAAAUAAUUUGGAAACAUUUAUAAUUGAUGCUCAACAAAAAUUAGAAUCCGAAGAAUAUGCCGCUGCUGCUACUUCUCAAGAAGCAGAAAACAUACUUAAAGCAUGUUCUGAGAUUUCUGAGUGGCUAUAUGAAGAUGGAUUCAGUGUAACUGCUGAAAUAUAUGAGGAAAAAUUGUCACAACUCCAGAAACUUACUAAUGAUGUAUAUGAACGCGUGUAUGAACAUAGAGAACGCCCAGAAGUAUUAAAAGGCAUGGCUUCUAUGUUAAAUGGAAGUACAACGUUUUUAAAUAAUAUGCGCAAUUUAAGCUUAUCGAGUGAAAUCUUCACUCAAGUUGAGAUAGAAACAUUAGAGAAAGUAAUUAAUGAAACUCAGGAAUACUAUGACACAAUUAUCAAGUCGUUUGCUGAGACAGCUUUAUACGAAACAGUGAAAUAUAAAGUUCGUGAUAUUGCAAAUAAACUGGCAUUGCUUGAUAGAGAAGUGAAGUAUCUUAUAAAUAAGGCAAAAAUAUGGAGACCAAAGCAAGAAUCUGCUACAAAUCAUACAGAGAGCACAAAUGAGAAUGCAACAAAUCAUACAGAGAGCACAAAUGAGAAUGCAACAAAUACGAAAGAAGGACCGGAAUCUGAAUCUGUUCUUAAAUCAACAGCUGAUUCUGAAACGGAAAAUUUUCAGAACGAAGAUACGUCUGAAAAUAGAGAAGUACAAAACGAAAAAUCAUUAGAUUCAGAAGAAUCAACAGAUUCAUCAAAGGAUAACGAACCUGAGAUGAUUCAUGAAAAUACUCAAGAAGGAAUACAUCAAGAACUUUAAAAAAAAAUUUAUUUUAAAGUGUGUGAUUCUUAUUAUUGGCCGAUCGCAUCUCGGUUAAUACGUUACAUAAUUGACUAGAUUUCAUUAUAUGCAAGCUGAUGGAUCCACACAAGGAAGAUAUCACUCACUAGAUAGAACAUUGAUAGAGAAAUGUAAUAACACUCUAAUAGUGUUUUUGUGCGGAAACUGCAGAAAAUUUAAAAAAAUACAUCAUUUCCAGGAACUUGUUGAAAAGUUACUUUCUCUUUGAUUUCGAUGAUUUUGGAAUAUGUCGUAAAGUUCAACAUUUUGAGUAGCUUUUCUUACACAUAUAAUCGGCAAUUGGUCUUAGUUUUUGAGUUAUACGUAAAAAUAACCCGCCGCUUCCCCUUAGUUUUCAAGUUGGGUUGAAUUAGUAGUAAUAUUAAUCCCCUUAACGGUAUUAAUAUAAACAAUGCUUGAUUAAUAUUAUUACUGACUCAAUCCACAUUGAAAACUAAGGCGGUGAAAUAUUUUUGCAUAUAACUUCAAAACUAAGACCGAUCGUCGGUUAUAAGUAUAGGAAAAGUUGUUCAAAAUAUUGAAUUUUACAGCAUAUUUCAACAAGUUCCCCGAAAUGAUGUAUUUUUUCAAAUUUCCUACGAUUUCCGCGCAAAACCACUAAUGUUGUUAGAUUUUUCUAUCGAUGCUCUAUCUAAUGAACGACAUCCUGCUUAUCGGGAUCCAUCACCUUGCAUAUAAUGAAAUUUAGUCAGAUAAUUUGUUAUGUUAUAGAACAGAUUUACGAGUGCAUUUAAAAACUAAAAUCAGAUACGAAAAAUUAUGUGUUAUUGUGGCUGGAUGAAUUAUUUUGCGAAUGUGAAUACUAAAUGUUAUUUUAGUUAAUUUCGUAUAUUUGUAUAAGACUAAAUACGGAACAUGUAAUUCGUUUCAAAACUAUAAAAAAAAAAAGAUACCCGACCAUCAUAUAAAAAAUCAUAAAAGAAUUUGUUUUCUUAAGUGCCAAGUAGUAACAGGUUUGAAUAAUAAUUGAAUAGUUUUAAACGAUCAUUAUCAAAGAGCAUUGCAUCUACUAAACAAAUAAAUUACCAGUAUGAAGUCAUUAUUUACAAAUGACAUCGCUUUACAUAUUUGGUCGGACUUCGUCUACUGUGAAUAUAUUUAAUUGUGAUACUUGAUACUAUAUUCUUAGAUAUGCUCUAUGCUGUAGCUUAAAACUGAUUUUCUACAAGCAUCUACAUCAAGCAUUAUAAUUACAUAUACAUACAUAUGGGACAACAUCUUUACUAAAAAAAUUCAAUUCUUUUUUUUACUCAUUUUUUUUUGUUACAUUCCUGAUUAUUAAUCCUCGUUACAAAACGCCUAACCUCACAGCACCUUAUACGUGCCCCACUAUAUCUAUAGUAUAAUUCCUUUUAUAGUGCAACUAUAUAUUUUAUUUUGUUAUAAUCAAACGUAUGCUGUUCGUUAUAACGCCAAUUAAACUAAGCGAGGUAAAACUAUAUUUAACAAUGUUAUUUGUUUAAAGCGAGUUGCAAUUUGUGUGUAAACUAACUUGUUUUUUUUUUAUGAAUUUGUUGCAAAUUGAUUAGAACCAUUCCAAAUGAAUCUAAUUGUAAUUUAAAUUUAUAAAUUAUAAUAUUUAUUUUUUUGGGCGAAUAAAGGAGUCUGUAAGGUAUUACCAAAGGAGGUGAAAAUUAAUAUUAUUUUCAGUUAAUACAUCGUCAAAUUUGAUAAUUGUAAGAAAAUAUAGAUACACGAAGUCUUCCUACAAUCAUAUGUCGAAUAAAAUAAAUUAUAAUUGUUUAUUUAUUUUUA